AUGUCAGACUCCUCAGCUACUGGGUUCUCCAAGCACCAAGAAUCAGCAAUUAUAUCAGAUUCAGAAGGAGAUGCAAUUGAUUCAGAAUUGCACAUGAGUGCCAACCCACCUUUAUUGAGAAGAUCAUCUUCAUUAUUCUCAUUAUCCUCAAAAGAUGACUUGCCCAAGCCUGAUUCCAAAGAAUAUUUGCAAUUCAUUGAUGAUAAUAGACAUUUCAGUAUGAUUAGAAACUUACAUAUGGCUGACUUUAUCACUUUAUUAAAUGGAUUCAGUGGGUUUUAUUCUAUUAUUUCAUGUUUAAGAUAUACUUUAACUGAUCAAACUCAUUAUGUACAAAGAGCCCAUUUUUUCAUAUUAUUGGGAUUAUUUUUCGAUUUUUUCGAUGGUAGAGUUGCAAGAUUAAGAAAUAAAUCAUCAUUAAUGGGACAAGAAUUAGAUUCAUUAGCUGAUUUGAUAUCAUUUGGGGUAUCUCCAGCAACAAUUGCCUUUGCUAUUGGAUUCAGAACAACUGUCGAUGUGUUGUUCUUGGCAUUUUGGGUUUUAUGUGGGUUAACAAGAUUGGCUAGAUUCAAUAUCUCUGUUAAUAACAUUCCUAAAGAUAAACACGGUAAAUCACAAUAUUUCGAAGGAUUGCCCAUUCCAACAAAUUUGUUUUGGGUUGGAUUCAUGGCUUUAUUGGUGUAUAAAGAUUGGAUUCAUGACAAUUUACCAUUUGGAAUAAUCUUACAAGAUACUCUGUUUGAAUUUCAUGUGGUCACAAUAGGAUUUGUUUUACAAGGGUGUGCUGAAAUCUCCAAAUCUUUGAAAAUACCUAAACCAUAA